UGGGCUGUACUGAGCCGUACUGGGCUAUACAGGGCCUUACUGGGCUUAAUUGGGUUGUACUGGGCAUUGCUGAGCUGUACUGAGCUUUACUGGGCUGGGCUGGGCUGUGCUGGGCCUUACUGGGCUGGGCUGGGCUAUACUGGACCUUACUGGGCUGGGCUGGGCUAUACUGGGCUGUACUGAGCCUUACAGGGCUCUGCCGGGGUGUACUGGGCCUUGCUGAGCUAUUCUGGGCCUUACUGGGCUGCACUGGUUUCUGCUGGGCUGCACGUGGCUGUGCUGGGCUUUGCUGGAUGGUACUGGACUGUACUGGGCUGUGCUGGGCCCUGCGGGGUUAUACUGAGCCUUAUUGGGCCGUGCUGGGCUGUGUUGGGCCUUACUGGGUGGUACUGGGAUGUACUGGGCUGUGCUGGACCUUACUGGGUGGUACCGGGUUGGACCGGGCUGUGUUGAGCUUUACUGGGUUUUACAGGUCUAUACUGGCUUGUGCUGGACCUUACUGGGCUGCACUGGGUUGUCCUGGGCUGAGGCUGUGCCAAGCCUUACUGGGUUGUACUGGGCCAUACUGGUCUGUGCUGGUCCGUACUGGGUCAUGCUGGGCUGUACUGGCCCAUACUGGGAUGUACUGGGUUGUACUGGGCUUUACUGGGCUUGUAGUGGGGCAGUUUAUAUCGGUGUGUGCUGGUCCGUCGUGGCCCCUUCUGGUUUGUACUGGGCUGUACUGGGCCAUUCUGCACUAUACUGGGCUGUGCUGGGUCAUACUGGCCCAUACUGGUUUAUACUGGGCCAUGCGUGGUUGUGCUUGUGGUGACUCUUACUGGGCCAUACUGGGCUGGUCUCUACUGGGCCACGCUGGAACGUACUGGGCUCUGCUGAACUGUACUGGUUUGUACUGGGCUGUGCUGGGCCAUACUGGGCACUCUUCCAGGCCUUACCGGGCCAUACUGGGGUGUACAGAGCCGCGCUGGGCUGGACUGGUGCGUACUGGUCCGUACUGGCCCAUCCCCUGUCCCCACAGGCCCCGCCGCGAGCCCCGGACGGGACCGAGAUGGAGCCGUGAGAGGAGGCUCCGCCGCCCGCCCCCCGUCCGCCGCCCCCCGCCCCCCCCCCCCGGCGCCGCCGGCGGAGGAUGGCGAAGCUGCUGGUGCCGCUGGUGGUGCUGGGGGCGGUGGCGGGGGCCCAGCGCUGCCCCCCCCGCUGCCUGUGCCCGGCGGCCGCCCCCAGCCCCACGCUGCUGUGCGCCCGCACGGGGCUGCUGGCCGUGCCGCCCAGCCUGGACCGCGGGGCGGUGGAGCUGCGCCUGGCCGACAACUUCAUCGGGGCCGUGGGGCGCGCCGACUUCGCCAACAUGAGCAGCCUGGUGCACCUCACGCUGUCCCGCAACGGGCUGCGGCGCCUGGCGCCCGGCGCCUUCGCCGACCUGCGCGCCCUGCGCGCGCUGCACCUGGACGGCAACCGGCUGCCGGCGCUGAGCGGGGCGCAGCUGCGGGGCCUGGCCAGCCUGCGGCACCUCAUCCUGGCCAACAACCAGCUGGCCGCCAUCGAGCCCGCCGCCUUCGCCGCCUUCGCCGCCACCGUGGAGGACCUGGACCUGUCGCACAACAACCUGCCGGCGCUGCCCUGGGAGGCGGUGGCCGGCAUGGCGAGCCUGGCCACGCUGACGCUCGACCACAACCUGCUGGAGCGCGUCCCCGCCGGCGCCCUGGCUCGCUUGCCGCGCUUGGCCCGCCUG